CGCAGGCUCGCAGCAGCCAGCAGAGGUCGAUGAAUUAGACGCACGAAGCAGCCCGCAGCGCAGGAUUACACAGACCGCCACACCGCUCGCUACUCGCAUCGCCAGACGCCGCAGGCCCGCUCGCAACUCUCCAGCUCCGCCGCGCACAUUCCCGGAGGCCGCACGCCCCGACGCCCUCUUUCUGGAACUGUGCCGCUCGCCCACUCCUGCUCGCUUCUUCUCUCGAUUCAGAUUAGAACGCUGUCGGAAUCAGGGGGUGAGCCGGUGCCGCCCCCUUCCCCAGAGGUCCUAUGGCCUUAUACCUCACGUUCCGUAGCAGAAGUAAGCUUUAGUGGUAGCUGGUGCAGGGCAGAACGGCUUGCUCGGCUUGCUUCGGACGGUUCAAAAUUUUUAACUUACUACAACGGCGUCGUUUAAGACUUUAAGUUAGUGAUGGGAAAUGAUGUGUUAUGAACCUAUUCAGAGGCAUAGAAAAUGUCUUGUAGUAUUGUCUGUCAUCUACUCCCUUCACCAAGUAUGGCUUAUUACCUCCAUUUAAAAGAACCGCUCGAGUUAGACAUACCACACCUGUUUCUUCAUCUGAUUCUUCAUCUGAUUAUUAUUACUAUAAUUAUUACUCCGACUUUCCCCCCGCAUUACGUACUAUUAUAAAUUUGUUCUUUUUUGUGCAAAAGGGAAAUGAUGUGUUAUGAACCUAUUUCAGAGGCAUAGAAAAUGUCUUGUAGUAUGUGUCUGUCAUCUACUCCCUUCACCAAGUAUGGCUUAUUAGCUCCAUUUAAAAGAACCGCUCGAGGUAGACAUACCGCACCUGUUUCAAGAUCUGCAUCCAGCCUAAUGGUUAGAGCUGUUCAAGAGAAUGAAGGGCCUAGACGUUUGGUAGACAUCAUCCGUCUUCUUCCUGAUGUGUCCAAGAAUUACUUUAGGAGUCCUUCCCGGAGAGCGCUUUUCGGGGGUAUAUCUUUGCUGGGAGGUUUUUACGUGGCCCAGACAAUCUCACUGUCAUUUGGAGCUUUAGGGGUAAAUGAUGUGAUAGCUGCUGUGGUUUGUGUUCUCAUCACGGAGUAUGUGACACGGUUCUACUAUAGUCAGCCUAAGGUGACUUUUCCGGUGGCCCUUUUGAACAACUUUAAGAUGGGGUUCACUUAUGGUCUCUUCAUAGACGCUUUCAAACUCGCCAGUUGAGUUGAUCUUUCUAUGCUCCUCUCAAAUGAUGGAAGUGAUUCUACUUGUAAGCUCAUAGUUGUCAUUUGUUAUUACUGUAAUACCUAUUGGGCAGGUCUUGUUAUUUGUAUGCAUUGAUUAUAAAGUCCUGGACUCCUGGUUCAGUUUUUUGUGUUUUAAUCUACUGUAAUUUAGAACAGUGUGCAUGACAUAUGGUAUGGACAUGCCUAAGCUACAACCAUCCAACUCGGGGAGGCGUCAGUUUCCGACCGCAUUCAAGCGAUCGGGAUAGAGCACAAUUUAUACUAUAUACUACUAUACUAGUACCAUUUAGAAUUUUAAACUUUUUACUAGAC